GUUAUCCUCACUUAACUAUAACAAAUACUCACAAAUUGAAGGAACAAUUUGGAUAUUUAGUCAUUGAAUAAAAAUUCAAAUUUGAAAGUUUUGUUCACCGUAACGCGCGACUGAAACAAGGAAAGUAGAAACUUUUGAUCAUUGGUUGGUUUCCUUUGAGAUUUAACGGCGUGUAUUCGAAUUCAGAUUUAACGUUUGUUUUAUUGGUUGGUUGGUUGGUUCCUUUGAGAAGAAGAAUGAGUGGGGGCGAGAAAGAGGCUAUGGCAGAAGUGAAGGAGUGGCUGGUGAAGACGUUCGAAGGCGCUGGGAAAUCCGUUCCGGAAUUCGAAUACACGCCGCGCAGCGUCAAGCAUUUGAACCAUCUCAUGACUCUCUCCAAAUCCAAAGACGAAGCCGCGCGCCUCGUUGCUCGCGAUUUCCGCCUCAAGGCCUCCGAGUACCGAUCCCAAGCUGCAAGGAUUAGGGAGAUUUUGGAGAAUUUGGGAUUGGCACAGGAGAGCUUGCCUUCUAAUGUGGUUACAUCCGCACAAGUUCUUGCGAAUGUGGCCAACUUGUUGAAUAUAAGAGAUACUGAAAUGAGUAGCUUUCUUGUGGCAAUGGGUGAUAUUUCCUUGAGGAAGACUGAAGUGGAGGAAAAAAGGGCCGAAGUGAACAAGGAAUCCAAGCUUCUACUUGAUUAUACCAGAAAGGCCAUAGCUAGGCUAACAUAUUUAAAAAGAACACUUGCUCAGUUAGAAGACGAGGUUGCUCCAUGUGAGGCUCAGAAGGAAAGUUGGGAGACAAACUUAAAAGUAAUGGCUGCUAAAGAAAGACAGUACAACCAACAAUGUGACAACUACAAGAGAAUGCUGGAUCGUUCUGGUUAUACCCCAGAGGUUAGCCAUGGGAUUUUGGUUGAGAUGGCUGAGCAUAGAAAGGAGUUAGAGAAGAAGACUAAGCCCAUCCUUGAUACUCUGAGGAGUUACCAAGAUUUGCCUCCGGAUAAAGCUUUGGCUGCCUUAGCAAUUGAGGAUAAGAAGAGGCAGUAUGCCGAUGCUGAGAAGUAUCUUGAAGAUGUAUUGCAGUCAGCUCUUGCUAGUUCUGAGUGAUAUAGUACUAUAGUUUUUUUUUUUGUUUUUUUGUAAAUUUGCUUGCUUUUAAGAUUCUAUUUUUCAACCUUGCUAAAGAUGUGUAUGGAGAAGUGUGUUACGUAAGUUGGCUUUGCUUGGAUUGAAUGGGAUCAGGUGCAGUUGUAUUUUAAAUUGCACAUCAUGCAGUCAUCGUCCAAUUCUCAGGAAAAAUUGUUGCAUAUAA